AUGAUAUCUUUCUCCAGGUCUAGCACACCUAUCAUAUUCCCUUACACACUUGAAGAUCAACCCCUCUCGCGUUCUCUGAUGAUAAGGGACCUUGGAGUCAUGCUUUCUCCUAAUUUAAACCCUCAAGAACAUAUUAACUAUAUUUGUAAGAGAGCUAAUUCUGCCCUAUACUUCGUCAUACGGAACAGCCGCAACAUGUUCUCUAUUCAUGCUCUACGGAUCCUUUACAUCCAUCUGGUGAGACCCUUACUGGAAUAUUCUUCACCUGUUUGGAGCCCUUACUUGAUUGGCCAGAUUGAUGGACUUGAGAACGUUCAAACCCGUUUCGUCCGUUUUGUUGGUGUGCUGCUAGGCUUCGACUACCGCACUGCUCCAAUUCAUGAUCUGCAACUUCAGUUAAACUUGAUGCCACUUCACACAAGACGAAUAAUCAAUGACCUACUGUUCCUGAGGAAGCUGAUUAACUCGAACAUUGAUGCCCCAGAUCUACUUGUCAAGCUGGACUUCCGCACUUCUCGACACCUGCGCCACACCCAUCUUUUCGCUAGACGUCAGUAUUCGACCCAGUACUUGUUCCACAGCACCUUUCCUCGCCUCCAGCUGCUGGCCAACAGCAUGCCGGACGACAUUGAUCUGUUUUGUACAGAUAGGGACAGAGCCAAAAACAAGCCAGAUGGGUUCCCGCCAAGUGAAGAGGUAUAA